AUGUCGUCUUCCGCAGCGAUUCGCAAGUACUUGGGUCUUGAAGAGGGCUCUCAACCCGAUCCGGAAACCGAGCCAAUUCUUUUCCUCAAGCAAUAUCUUACCGCUGGGCUGCCUCCCCAACUACUUUUGUACUUUUCCUCGGUAACAACACCCAAACAACGCUCGGUUCUGCCCGCGAUACGCAACAGACGAUUGAAAUAUACCAGUACCAACCCACCUGAGCUAGGAUUCACCUCGGCAAGUACAACCUGGCCAUUGCUAUAUGAAGGGCAGCAAGGUCGCCGCGGGCAAAGAGAAGGAGAGGCUGAGAAAACAUGGGCAGACAAGGACUUCCUGCAGGGCUCAACAAAACAUCGUGAGGCAGAACGAGUGCGAACACUGAGACGUCAGAAGGUGGAGGAGUUUGUGCCGGAAGAGGAAAGCGAUAGUGACGAUGAGCCGAUGGAAAGUACUCUCCCAGAACCAGUUGACGAAGACGACGCCAAGGCAACCUUUGAGCGUGUCAUUCGGGAGCGAUUUAUUUAUGGACUGCUUGAGGGAAUCGAUUAUGAUAAAGCGGACUGGGACGAGGCAUUCGAUAGUGAAAUGGACAGAGAUGCGGAGGACAGUCACCCGCGUCACUGCCACCCCUCCAAUUUCACCAUGUCGGACACAGAGCAUAUUGAGCAGCGUCAACUUCAAGAUUCUUCGGAGAGGAAAAAGAAGAAAAAGAAAGGAAAACAUAGCAUUCACGACAUUCUCUCAGCAGAGCCAGAUCCAGAAGUGCCGAGUGUAGUUGAGCACAAGAAGAAGAAAAGAAAACACGAGGACGACGCAGAUAAUAAACCAAAGAAAAAGAAAAAGAGGAGAGACUCAGAGGAUCCUGAAGUGCUCGCGGAAUCUGACGCGUCGGGAAAGGAGAAAAAGAAGCGGAAACGCAAGCACGACGAAACGGUUGACACUGCCGGAGAGGGGACUGAACAGAGCGUCCAGCCACCACCCCAGAAGGAAAAGCGACGAAAGGAUUCAAUUACCUUAGGGUCGGCUUCCCUCUUACCAUUACCUUCCCAAGAGACGUUCACAGCCUUUUUCCCUUCCCUCGAAGGCCUGGACUCCAACGAAGACAUUCUUCGAGCCUUACAGAACGCUGACUUGUCCAGCCACACUCAGGGCUCCUCCACCAAUGUACCCAGUAAACCUCGAACGGCCACCAGUAACACAUCGACGUCCAAGAAAGCUUCCAAACCACGUAAAAGCAAAAGCACUCUCACCGACACGGAUACCUCUGAUCAUGCUGAACUGCUGGCAACUAAGUGGCUGAAUAGCGAUCAACUUGCUGCGUUGGCGAAGGAACAAGGCCUGGUGUACAAAAAGGGCGUCUUCUCUACAUUCGAGGCCAAGCUUGCAGCAGAUGCGGUGGUCAAGUACCAAACUCUCCACGAGCUUGCGGAGGAAGACAUCGAUAGGCUCAUCUUUCCUGACACUAAGGCCAAGAAAGACUCUUCGUUCUGGUCUGAAAUUGCGAGAGCAGUUCCUCAACGACCGCUCAAUGCUAUAUACCACCAUCUUCGACGUGCGCGUCAUCCACUUAAACAACAGGGGAAAUGGACAGAAGCUGAGGACGAGAAGCUUAUACAAGCCGUUGUUUCCGUUGGAAAGCAUUGGGAGAAGGUUUCUACCCUGGUCGGUCGCCAAGCUACGGACUGUCGCGACCGCUAUCGCAAUUAUCUCAAAGACCGAGAUGCUCGCCAGACAGGACCAUGGACUGCGGAAGAAGAAGAAAAGCUUAGUGAAAUUGUGCUGGAACUGCAAGAGGGGAAAGAUCUCGACUAUGAUGUUCCCUGGACCCAAGUUGCAGAGCUUAUGGGCGGGACAAGAGGUCGUCAACAAUGUCGUAUCAAAUGGCUGGAUAAACUCAACCUGAAGCACAAAACGAAUGGGACAGGUGCUCGCUGGAGCCGUACAGAUGCUGAAAAACUAAUCAACAAAAUUGCUGUCCUCAACGUUCGUGACGAUACCGAAAUUGACUGGAAAACCUUACGCGAAGAGGACUGGAACCUGUGGAGCGCCCAUGUUCUGCAACGCCGAUGGCUUAACAUGAAGAGAGCAGUGAAAGGGUACGAAGAUAUGACAAUUCCAGACAUUAUCAGCACCUUACAAGCCAAAAACAUUGCCAAAAAGGUCGAAUUCAAGAGCCGUGAAUUUGUUGAAACCGUCAGUGAGGUAACAGGCAGGCGUGUUGCGUGUUGCUCUCAACCCUGCAAUGAACCUCGUGUUUCACGCUCUCUCUCGUCUCCUUCAGCAAUGAGUGGCUCUCCCCGUAUUCCACUCCUCGUAUUCCUGGUCACGCUAUUCGCGUGGAUAUUUGACAGAACAACAUACUUUCCUCAUAAACAUGUCUUCACGUUGACAGGGACCGACCCUGCAGUCAAGAUGCCACCAGCUGUGUUGAAGAAAUGCACUGAGGCCAAGAUUUCACCAGGCGCUUCGUCUCAAUUUGCCAAACGGGAGGUAUCAGACCGCUUCGAACCCGGAGUAAACACGUCCUGGUUAAUCACGAAUGCUACGUUGGUUGUUGGGCGAGGGAACGCAACACACUGGAUUCAAGGCGACUUGUAUCUGGACAAGGGAAUCAUCAAAGCAAUUGGAAACAACCUGGCCACACAACUCUCGACUCAGCGUGUCCUCAAUUUGACAGUUGUGAACGCUAAUCGUCGUUGGGUCACUGCAGGACUCGGUAUGCACAUUUUAUUAUUCUACGUCCGUAGACUGAAUAUCAAGGUUGAAGUUGACAUACACUCCCACUUGGGGGCAUUGAGUACUCCAUUCAUGGCAGGAAAUCUUGAUUUGGUCUCCAGUAAAGGCCCAACGACUCCAUGGCUACAAGUCAUCGACGGCUUCAACACGCAUGACGAAGCGUUCCAGCUGGCAAUGGCUGGUGGUGUCACCUCAGCCUUGAUCCAGUCCGGUGGAAAGAACACAAUAGGUUCACAAGCAUUCGUGGCCAAGUUGCGGCCGACUGUUGAACGGUCCCCUUCGUCAAUGCUCGUUGAGCCACGCUUCGGUUCAGCUCAUCCACAGUUUUGGAGACAUCUUGUGCAAGCAUGCGGCGAGACGCCGUCAGAGUAUGGGACACGUCUUGAUGCGAUUUGGUCAUUGCGUUCCGCCUACGCUCAAGCACGGGAAAUCAUAGCACUGCAAGACUCUUAUUGCGAGAAAGCGACAGCAGGGUUGUGGAGUGAGUCGAUGGGUGCAUUUCCGGAGGACUUGCGAGUGGAGACCCUCGUCGACGUCUUGCGCGGCAAAGUCAAGGUCAGCGCACUUUGUCAGGAAGCAGUCGAUAUCGACGCACUCGUUCGAUUGACAAAUGAAUUCGAAUUUCCCAUUGCCUCUCUCCAACACGCGUCGGAAGCUUGGCUAGUGCCGCAUUUGCUGAACAGAACAUGGGGAGGAUUGCCAACUGUCGCGCUUUUCGCGUCGAAUUACCAAUAUGAUGUCCCAUCGUUUCGAGGUUCCGAGCACGCUGCGCGUAUACUGGCAGAUUUGGAGGUACCAGUGGCUCUAAAAUCACAGCACCCGGUUAUCAACUCGCGGUAUCUUGCUCAAGAAGCCCAAGUUGCGCACUACUAUGGAUUGCCGCCACGUUUGGCACUGGCCUCCGUCACUUCUGUACCUGCUAAAGCCCUUGGAUUAGAUCAUCGGAUAGGAGUGCUUGAAGAGGGCGCAGACGCGGAUGUCGUGUUAUGGGAUUCAAACCCACUUCAACUAGGUGCAACACCGAUCAAAGUAUGGAUCGAUGGCCAGUUACAGAUCCCGUUGCCUCGACGAUCUGGAGAGAAGGGGGGUCAAGUCCAAAUUGGCGUAGGAAAAGAUGGUCGAGGGUGGUCAGAGUUUCCCGACGUUCCGGAUUGGCAGAAGGAGCGAUCGCGGGCUAUUGAAUGGGAGGGCCUCCCCCCUUUGGCGAAUCUGAACAAGGCGCGCAGAGUGAUCUUCGACGAUGUGCGAACGGUCCACCAUAAUGGUUUUAUUCACACCAGCGAUGUCGGCUUCCAUGUUGUCGCUGUGGACGGGCGAAUCGACUGCAUCGGAAACGCGAUCACGUGCUCAUUUGACGCGUCCUCUGACCAACAUGUGAACCUCGACGGUGGAGUCAUUGUGCCAGGAAUGAUGACAUUUGGGUCGACGUUGGGUACAGAGGAGAUUCACAAUGAAUUGUCAACUGGUGCCGGGCUGUCGCUGGAUGCGUUAUCGGAAAAUGUCCCCGAAAUUUUGAAGGAUCCCGGAGCCAUGGUGUAUGCAGUGGAUUCAUUGAUGUUCGGCACCCGGAAUGCUUUAUCGGCGUAUCGCUCUGGCAUUACCACUGGCACAGUGGUUGGAGCCCAAGGCGAUUUCAUAGCCGGUGUUUCAACAACAUUUUCGACGGGACGUCUACAUGCGAUGGAAAGAGGCGCCAUUUUGCAGAAAUUCAGCGCAAUGCAUGUCUCAAUACAUCGCAGUGACCCAUUCUCGAAGCCUCGUAGCGUCAACAACCAAAUCGCGGCGCUGCGGAGGUUGUUGUUGGGGUGGGAGAGUCAAGCCUCAGACACAGGAACGUGGUUCAAGAAAGCAGCGGAGGGUAUUGUGCCGCUCGUUGUUGAUGUUGACAGCGCCGAUAUCAUGGCCACCUUGCUAAUCCUGAAAGCAGACAUCGAGGAUCGGCUUGGCUCCCGGAUGCGUAUGGUGUUUAACGGUGCUGCAGAGAGCCACAUUCUGGCCAGAGAAAUUGGGAGAGCUCGUAUAGGUGUCAUUCUGGACGCUAAACCAGUCUUUGGGUCAUGGGAGACUCUCAGAGGACUUCCGGGCCCACCCAUAACCAACGACACGACGCUUGCGACUUUGAUCAAAGAAGGAGUGAAGGUUGGAUUGAGGUGUAAGGAAGCACAGAACGUGAAGAGCAUGGGUUUCGAUCUGCGUUGGGCAAUGCUGGCUGCCAAUGGCGUCGUCACACAAGACGAUGUUUAUGCAUUGGUAUCAUCUAAUUUGCGCGAGUUGUUGGGCGUUACAGUGGAGGAUGAAGAGUUCGUGGCAUAUUCAGGCGGUGGGCCAUUGAAUAUGUCGAGUAAAGUCGUUGCAGUGAUAGCGUCGGGAGCGGUAGAUAUUUUGCCGUCCUUCCAUGAGGACAUGGUCACAGUGGAGUCUCGGCUGCCUACCGAGGGCGAAUUUCGUCGUGUCAGGCAUCUCGUCCUACAACAACUCGAACUUGAGUUUGAACCCAUCUCCGACGACGAUAUUGCUCGCGUUUUUGCCGAGUCUCCCCACUUGGAAUCAGUUGUGUUGUCUGCAGUUCCCGGGAUAACGGACCGCUCGGUGGUAUUGCUCACCGACAACGCCUUGAAUUUGCAAGGAAUAGAUAUUAGUGGUUGCAACCAGAUUACAGACGUGUCUAUAUUUGAACUCAGUGCCAAAUCCUUGCCGCUCCAAUGGAUUCUACUCAACGGCGUUACGGGUCUCACUGACGCCUCCAUCACUGCUCUCGCCAAAACCUGCUCUCGUCUUUCUGUUCUCGAGCUAUGUGAUCUUCCUCUCCUCUCUGCACAUUCAGUUCGCGACAUUUUCACGUAUUCCCGGAAAUUACGCACCCUUCGCCUUGCUCGAUGUCCGCUGUUGACCGACAAGGCAUUUCCUGCUAUUUCUGCCUCGAGGUCCACAACCCCAGUCACAACUUCGAGCGGUUAUGAUAAGCCACUACCCCCGCGACCGACAAGUUGGUUCGACGAAUUACCUCCACUUAUCCUUCGCCAUACGGCCGACAACCUACGGGUAGUGGACCUCUCGUUUGUUACGGGGAUCACAGACGCUGCGAUUGAUGGCCUCGUCAGCCAUGCCCCUCGAAUACAGAAUCUACGGUUAACAGGAUGCAAACAACUGUCUGAUAAAACACUAGAGAGUAUUUCCAAACUGGGAGACCACCUGGAUGUUCUCCUACUGGCUCACGUGUCAGAAAUAACGGACAAUGGCAUCGUCAAACUGGCGCGGUCAUGCACCAAACUGCGCUGCAUCGAUGUGGGUUUUUGCAGAAAUUUGACCGAUUUGGCUGUUUUCUGCCUGGCCGAACUGAGAUAUAUGCGACGACUAAGCCUUGUUCGCGUCCACCGAGUAACCGAUAUUGCCAUCUUCGCCUUGGCUGAACAUGCUCUUGACCUUGAACGACUGAAUCUGUCAUACUGCGAUAGACUUUCGCUGGACGCACUUCAUCUUCUUCUAAAACGGCUUAUGCGGCUGCAAAACUUUGCCGCCACAGGAAUACCUUCUCUGAAACGGAAGGGCGUUCAUCGCUUCUCAGAUAUGGCCCCGCCGGUGAGAAAAUCGCCUUUACCAAGGAUGUUCACGCUUAUUAAGCGACCCCAGGAUUAUGACGCAGACCAGCAGGCCGCGUACAAUGUUUUUACGGGGGAGCGCGUAAGUGCUCUGAAGAAGUUUCUCAACAAGGAAGAAACUCGUCGUCGUGAGUGUGAGGCCAAGAACAUUAGGUUCACGGAGAGCUCAGACGAUGGCAUAGAUUUAUACUAG